GGGCAGAUGAGAAGCAGGGGGAAGUCUCUGAAGGCCAAAGACGGCAAACUGCCGUUUUGCGCCAUGGGUGUGAGCUCUGUUAUCCAUCCAAAGAACCCUCAUGUUCCAACCAUGCACUUCAACUACAGAUACUUUGAAAUUGAAGAAGCAGACGGAACUAAACAGUGGUGGUUUGGUGGUGGGACUGACCUCACUCCAACGUACCUGAAUGAAGAGGAUGCCGUUCAUUUUCACAAGACUCUGAAAGAAGCCUGUGACAAGCAUGGUCUGAAGCUGUAUCCCAAGUACAAGAAAUGGUGUGAUGACUACUUCUAUAUCAAGCACCGUGGCGAGCGAAGAGGGAUUGGAGGCAUAUUCUUUGACGACGUGGACUCUCCCUCCAAGGAGGAGGUAUUCCAGUUUGUGAAGAGUUGUGCCAAAGCUGUUGUGCCUUGUUACAUUCCCAUUGUGAAAAGGCACUGCCAUGACUCCUUCACACCAGAGGAAAAGCUAUGGCAGCAGCUUCGGAGAGGACGGUAUGUGGAGUUCAACUUGGUUUAUGACAGAGGUACAAAGUUUGGCCUUCUGACACCAGGAUCAAGAAUUGAAAGCAUUCUUAUGUCUCUGCCACUGACUGCAAGGUGGGAGUACAUGCACACCCCUCCAGAGAGCUCAAAAGAAGCAGAAAUCCUGGAGGUUCUCCGCAAUCCCAAAGACUGGGUGCACUGACACGGAUCGUGAACAAGAUGGAUUGCUUACACUGAGCCAUUAUGAAAGAACAGGAACGCCUGCAAACCAGCUCAUUCAAACUGCUGUUGCGUGGCGUUUUAGUAUAGCUAUUUAUACUCUUACCUGGUGCCUUAAUAAUGCUGUAGACUUGUUAUAACUUGCAAAUAUGUGAACUCAUUCUUUAAGAUUGAUCAGCUAAUGUUCUCACCCCCGUUGAUGUUGCCUUGUGAAGGACUGGUGAUACCCUCACAGGACUAUUGUGCAUGCUUAAGAACUUCCUCAACCGAUUUGUUCGCAAAAUGGUAAACUACUGUGAAGUGUUCUCCCAGUGGAAUGAAAGCAUUAUCUGUGCCUAAAUAGCACUGCUUACUCCUAGAAAAUGUUGGAAUGUUUUGGAAAUUUUUUUUUUAAAGAAUAAAGGGAAUAUUUGAUACGAUUUUAAACC